AGCUGCUAGAGUCCCCUCCCCUGGGCAAGUCCCGUUUUUUUUUUUAAUUAAGAAAAUAAAAACUAGGAUUUUGGGAAGCAAUGAGACACCCUUCCACCCACCGACAGAACCCCAGACUGAGUGGCUUACAGAUCAGCCAAUCAAUCGCAGAGCUCUGAAUGCUUAAAAGAGCUGGCGGGGAGAGAGGCUGGGAGAGCCCACGGGGAGACCCACAGACUCAUAGAUACAGAGAGAUAGAGGAGGAGAUAGACUGAGACAAAGGCACAGCAGGAGAGACAAAGAGGAGGCGCAGGAGGAGAGUUUGGAGGAGCGACCCCUGAGCAGCUUUCCUAAGUCAAAGGGUUAAGUUUUCUUCAUCUCCUGUGAAGGUCCUCAGGCCCUCUGAAAACUGCCCGUGGCCUUGGCACGGGGGAACCCUAAACUUUAGACAGGAGCUUUAUAUCUGGGGGUGUGGAGGACUUAGUGCCCCCAGAUGGCCUCUGUCCCUGCCAGCGGCAGCACCCGUGCCAGGUCUCUGACAGGCUCGCGUCCCGAGAGGGGCCUGGCCAGGAGUGGGCUGUGGAAAGUCCAACCCCGCCUGCUGCCCUCCGCUGCACCUCUCUCAGGACUGGUGUGGCUGCUUCUGCUGCUGGUGUCCCUCCUGCCCUCAGCCUGGCCAGCCAGCCCCCUCCCUCGGGAGGAGGAGAUCGUGUUUCCAGAGAAGCUCAACGGCAGCGUCCUGCCUGGCUCCGGCGCCCCAGCCAGACUCUUGUAUCGUUUGCCAGCCUUUGGGGAGACGCUGCUGCUAGAGCUGGAGCAGGAUCCCGGCGUGCGGGUCGAGGGGCUGACUGUGCAGUACCUGGGCCAGGCGCCUGAGCUGCUGGGAGGAGCGGAGCCGGGCACCUACCUGACUGGCACCAUCAAUGGAGAUCCGGAGUCCGUAGCAUCUCUGCACUGGGACGGGGGAGCCCUAUUAGGGGUGUUGCAGUACCGAGGGGCUGAACUCCACCUCCAGCCCCUGGAAGGGGGCACUCUUAACUCUGCUGGAGGGCCUGGGGCUCACAUCCUUCGCCGGAAGAGUCCUGCCAGCGGCCAGGGUCCCAUGUGCAACGUCAAGUCUCCUCCUAGGAGUCCCCAUCCCAGCCCCCGAAGAGCUAAGCGCUUUGCAUCACUGAGUAGAUUUGUGGAGACCCUGGUGGUGGCCGAUGACAAGAUGGCAGCAUUCCACGGCGCAGGCCUAAAGCGCUAUCUGCUCACAGUUAUGGCAGCAGCAGCCAAGGCCUUCAAGCACCCAAGCAUCCGCAAUCCUGUCAGCUUGGUGGUGACUCGACUAGUGAUUCUGGGGUCAGGCCAGGAGGGCCCUCAAGUGGGGCCCAGUGCCGCCCAGACGCUACGCAGCUUCUGUGCCUGGCAGCGAGGCCUCAACACCCCCGAGGACUCAGACCCUGACCACUUUGAUACAGCCAUUUUGUUUACCCGUCAGGACCUGUGUGGGGUCUCCACUUGCGACACACUGGGCAUGGCUGAUGUGGGGACUGUGUGUGACCCAGCUCGGAGCUGUGCUAUUGUGGAGGACGACGGGCUCCAGUCAGCCUUCACUGCUGCUCAUGAACUAGGCCAUGUCUUCAACAUGCUUCAUGACAACUCCAAGCCGUGCAUUAGUUUGAAUGGGCAGGGAAGCACCUCCCACCAUGUCAUGGCCCCUGUGAUGGCCCAUGUGGACCCCGAGGAGCCCUGGUCCCCCUGCAGUGCCCGCUUCAUCACUGACUUCCUGGACAAUGGCUAUGGACACUGUCUCUUAGACAAGCCAGAGGCUCCCCUGAAUCUGCCUGUGACUUUUCCUGGCAAGGACUAUGACGCUGACCGCCAGUGCCAGCUGACCUUUGGGCCCGACUCGCACCACUGUCCACAGCUGCCACCACCCUGUGCCGCUCUCUGGUGCUCUGGCCACCUCAAUGGCCAUGCCAUGUGCCAGACCAAGCACUCACCCUGGGCCGAUGGCACCCCCUGUGGGCCCACACAGGCCUGCAUGGGAGGUCGCUGCCUCCACGUGGACCAGCUCAAGGACUUCAAUGUUCCACAGGCUGGUGGCUGGGGUCCUUGGGGACCAUGGGGUGACUGUUCUCGGAGCUGUGGUGGUGGCGUCCAGUUCUCCUCCCGGGACUGCACGAAGCCUGUGCCCCGGAAUGGCGGCAAGUACUGUGAAGGCCGUCGCACUCGUUUCCGCUCCUGCAACACUGAGAAUUGCCCAACUGGCUCAGCAUUGACCUUCCGCGAGGAGCAGUGUGCUGCCUACAACCAUCGCACUGACCUCUUCAAGAGCUUCCCGGGGCCCAUGGACUGGGUUCCUCGCUAUGCAGGUGUGGCCCUCCGGGACCAGUGCAAACUCACCUGCCAGGCCCAGGCACUGGGCUACUACUAUGUGCUGGAACCACGGGUAGUAGAUGGGACCCCCUGCUCCCCAGACAGCUCCUCAGUCUGUGUCCAGGGCCACUGCAUCCACGCUGGCUGUGACCGCAUCAUUGGCUCCAAGAAGAAGUUUGACAAGUGCAUGGUGUGCGGUGGGGACGGCUCGAGCUGCAGCAAGCAGUCCGGCUCCUUCAGAAAAUUCAGGUACGGAUACAACACCGUGGUCACUAUCCCUGCAGGGGCCACCCAUGUCCUUGUUCGCCAGCAAGGGCCCCCUGGCCCUCGGAGCACUUACUUGGCCCUGAAGCUCGCAGAUGGCUCCUAUGCCCUGAAUGGUGAAUACACACUUAUGCCCUCCCCCACAGACGUGAUACUGCCUGAGGCAGUCAGCUUGCGCUACAGUGGGGCCACUGCGGCCUCAGAAACACUGUCAGGCCAUGGGCCACUGGCCCAGCCCUUGAUGCUACAAGUCCUGGUGGCUGGCAACGCACAGAAUGUUCGCCUUCGGUACAGCUUCUUUGUGCCCCGGCCAGCCCCUUCCACACCACGCCCGCCACCCCAGGACUGGCUGCACCGCAGGGCACAGAUUCUGGAGAUCCUCCGGCGGCGCCCCUGGGCGGGCAGGAAAUAACCUCACCAUCCCGGCUGCCCUUUCUGGGCACCGGGGCCUCAGACUCAGCUGGGAAAUUGAGGGAGGUCUGCCACUGCCUCCUUGCUAAG